AUGUCUACCAACGUGUCAGUCAGCUGUCAUGUCGGGGUGUAUGAAUCCUUACAGCAAGAGGUGCAUUCCCUUGCUGGAUUGUUGUUGGGCUAUGAAAGUAACAACCAAAUCAUGGUGGUGUCAAGAUCAUUGUGCGUUCAGCAAUGUGAAGAUUUGGUACAGCUUGCUGAGGACACGAACCUUUUACAACCAGCAGGUAUUUCUGUGGUAGGAGUAUUCUGCAAUUCAGCCUUGCCAGCGACAAAAGAAAAUGUGGAGAAAGAUCUCGAGAAGCUAAAUACCAAACAUUUACAGAAUCACCUAAAACUAGACCAUGUGGCUGUUUUCCACAAGGUGAAAGAAGCUACAAAUUUUGAAGAUGGUCCUUUUCUGCAAACAAGCUGUGGUGAAGUGAGCAAGUGUACUGUGACCACCACUAACCAAGACCUCCUGUCCACACUCCAGAUUCUCCGUCUGCGGGCAGAGCUGCCUGUUAAUAUCCAAGUACCUGACUCAGCCCCUAAAGUCAGAAACCACAUUAUUAAGGAAUUCAACAGCCUUAUUCAAGAUGUACAGUCAGACACAAGUACAGCUGUGUUUCACAUCAACAACAGCCCUAUAUUACUACGAUCUUAUGAGGAAGGGGAUGGCUGCCCACCAGAAUGUAGUACCUGUGGAGAUAUACUGGACUAUAUUACUACAGAUAGCGAUGCACCAGAAUAUAUGAAGAAAAGACGAAAAAAGGGUCAACCGAGUAAGACAAUCCAGGUCAGCCUGCACUUUCAAACAACAGGUGAGCAGGCCUUCCACAAGACUCCAUCAUUUUCACCUGUCAUUAACUAUUUUUCAGAGACAUUCAGGAUGAUCAGCGUAAUGUUGCCCCUUGAUGUGGUGGCCCUUGUGGACCCAGGUGUACGAUGUGACAGGCUCUGGCAUGUUCUCUCACAGGGAGUGACCAAGCAGUUGAAGGCCAUGGAGAAGUGCCUCAUCAACCAAGUCACACCCAAAGAGAUCAAGACAUUUGAUAUUCCAACAGUGUAUCAUUUCCAACCCCUGCAAAGCCAGACAUUGUUAACUGUGAUUUAUCCAGAAGGUCAAACAGAAGAACAUCUAGAGAGCGCAAGGAAGGAGCUUCACAAGAUGUUUGGGUUCCCCACUGACAGGCCGCUGUUCAGAAAAGCUAAUGCAUUUGUAUUCCCAGAGGAAGUGGAUACAAGAGGAUACCUGCGCAGCCCACACAUUGGCCUUCCUCCAUCAGGGGUGGUUGGAGGUGAGCUGUCCUUGGUCCAGGGUCAUUACACAUACCAUCAUUACAUGCAGGACAGGUUUGAUGAUAACAAGUGGGGCUGUGCGUACCGGUCUCUGCAAACCCUCAUCUCCUGGUUCAAUCUACAGGGCUACAGUUCCAUACCAAUCCCAUCACACAGAGAUAUACAACAGGCUUUGGUAGAUGUUGGAGAUAAGGAACCUAAGUUCCUAGGCAGCAAGCAAUGGAUCGGGUCCUUUGAAGUUAGCAUAUGUCUUGACCAUUUUCUAGGGGUGUCCUCCAAAAUAUUGUCUGUGAACCAAGGAGCAGAUCUGGCAUAUAAGGGAAGAGAACUGGCCAACCAUUUCCAGACACAGGGGACACCUGUUAUGAUUGGGGGAGGUGUACUGGCUCACACAAUUCUGGGUGUCGACUGUAACCAUGAGACAGGGGCUGUCAAGUUUUUGAUUCUGGAUCCACAUUACACCGGGGGAGAGGAUAUCAAAGUUAUCCAGGAUAAGGGUUGGUGUGGCUGGAAGGGACCGGAAUUCUGGGAUCAAAAUGCCCAUUACAACCUCUGUUUGCCUCAGAGAAAUCCUGCAAUUUAAGAUCUCAGCUUUUCAGCUUUAAGACAGUUUUAAAUUCUUAUUAUUAUUAUUCUCACUGUGCAAGUAUACUAUAUUUACUGGUCUUAGAUGCUGUAUUCAUGGUUAUGGCCUUAGAGGAAUGAAUACUGGUACGUACAUUACGUCAUUUACAAAAAGAAACCAUGUUAUUUUUAUAUCUGGUGCAGAUUGCUGUGUAGGGGCCUGAAACAUGCAAUGAUUUUAAGAGUUUUAAUAUUACUUUUCUUGAUGGUGUAUGAGAAUGGAAGAACUGACCUGAAGUCAAGCAUUCAUUUUAUUUCAGUAAGACACCAAAAACAUGGAAAAUGGGGUUUUCAAGAAGAAAUAACUCUGAAAAUGUUACAAUUCAUCGAAUCUCUAAAACACUACACUGACUCUGAAUCUAUACUUUGUACAUUCAUUUUCACAACAAAGACUAUUGGUAAGACAUUAAAGCUAUAUAUAUAUAUAUAUUGAAGAGUUAGAAAGCAACUCAUCUUAUGAAAAAUCAUGUAAAACAUUAAAUGCCAUAAAUGAGUAAGUGCAUGCUUUUUCUUUGACUGAAACUAUGUUUUUUUGUUCAAAGUUGGAUAUUUAAAAUUUAUUUAAAGUUGUACUUGGUGGCCUUCGUGUGCGAGGUGGUUAGCAUGCCAGCACAAUGCAGUGAUGCAGGAAGAUCUGACCAGUGGCAGUUGCUGUGAGUUCAAAUCCAGCUCAUGCUAACUUCUCAGACAGUACAUGGGAAGGUCUUGCGGCAACGUGCGGUUGAUCAUGGGUUUCCCCUGGACUCUGUCUGGUUUUCUCCCACCGUAAUGCUGGCCGCCAUGGUAUUAGUGAAGUAUUCUUAAGUACAGCGUAAAACACCAAUCAAAUAAAUAAAGUUUAUGACAAUAAGUGGUCAACAACGCUUGUGUGCCCUUUUGCACAGUCAUGCUGUGGAGCCCACUUAUCUUACACCAAUAUGGUGUGUAUAAAUGUAUGUCAAGUGGCAAAGUUUGACAGUAAUUUGCCAAAGGUCAGUGGUUUAUACCAAGCACUCCAGAUUCCUCCACUCAUGAAAAAGACUGCCAGUGAAAAAAUCAUUGGUGUGACGUUAAGCGAUAAUCAAAUUAAUAAACCUGUAAUGAAAUAACAAGCACCCCCCGUCAAUUUAAAAUGUUGGGAGUUAUGAAAGUUUAGAUUGCUGCUAUUUCUUCGCCAUUGACCCAUUUUCAGAUAUUCUUUGUGAAACGCAGGUUCAUAUCAGAACGGACCUGAUUUUCGCUACCACAUGACAGAAACACCAACAACGUCUUUAUAACUCCACAAAAUGUUUCAAAUAACCAAAAAUGUUACAUACUAAGAUUUAUACAAUAAAUUGAUAAAAAAAUAGUCACCAUUUUGUGAGGCUGAUGUUGUUAAUUGUUCUUUAAUGGCUACUGUAGUAGACAACACAUGUACAUUGUGAGAUAAGCUUCAGGUAAUGGUGAAUAUGAACUAGUCCAUGUUUAAUACAGUAACAACAC